AUGGCCGAUCAGUGCAUCGUCUGUCUGGAGCCACUGGACGUGGAGGCCAGCGCUCUCCCGACCCCGCUGGCCCCUGCAGAGCAACAGCAGCAGCAGCAGCAGCAGCACCCAGAACACCAACAACAACAAGAGCAACAACCACAACAGCCACCACAGUCCCCCACAGUCAAACACGAACACCUCGCCAUUGCAGAUGCAGAAACGCUAGCAGGGAAACAAGCCCUAGGUGACGCCAACAACGGGUUGGUGCAUGGGGACAACCACGAAGAUGUAGCCAAGAUCGAUGUGUGCGGCCACAUGCUGCACGAUAGCUGUCUGCGCGAAUGGACCGAGAAGGCCAACAGCUGUCCGAUCUGCCGCCAGGCAUUUCAUAAUGUCACCGUUUACGACAAGAUUGGAGGUAAAACACUAUCCACCCGUAAAGUCGAGGACAAGAGACAGGCCCCGGUAGUACCCGAGUACGACCCCCGAGAAUGGAUGGAGGAGUUCACCGAACAGGCCGAUGUGCCGGGCCGUCGAUGCCCCGUGUGCAACUCGUCCGGCGACGAGGAGACACUCCUACUCUGCGACGGUUGCGACGCCGCAUACCACACUUACUGCGUCGAGCUCGACGAAGUGCCCCGUGGCCCCUGGUUCUGCAUGGAGUGCGAGCACGCCCUGGGCCCGGACAUCAUGCAGCCCGUCGACAACGUGCCCAGCCGAGACGGCGGGUUCAUGAGCCGUGGGUACUACUUCCCGCGCACACAGGCUAGUAUGCGACGUGCGAGGCAGCGGGCACGGUCGGAUGAGUGGCAGGGGGCUUGGGGUCGCAUCACCGGCCGAGUGUGGGACGCGCUCGAGCUCGACCUUGACUAUCAGGACGAGGAGGACUCGGCUGUGUUUGAGGGCUUGCAGCGAUCACGGCAGCUGCGCGAGCGAGAGCGGGACGAACACCAGCGCUGGCAGCAACGGCUGAAUAUCGCGGCCCGACUCGGAGCGAGGGAUGUGUUUUUGAACAAUAUCCCGCGGUGGGUGAAUCAACAACAACCACAGCCGAACCCGCCAUCACGCGAGGAACGGUUAGCCUGGGGCGCGCUGGAGAAGGCACGGGAGAUGGAGUCGAGGAAGCGAAAGUCACGGUCUGCCACGGCAGAGCCGAGCGAGGAACCUCAUCACGAGCCAGAAAGGAAACUCAAGCGGCCGCGCACGAGGCGGUUGCUGCCUCAGAACGGCGAGUCAUCCUCGUCAGCCGCCCGGGACUCGGCAUUAUCAUCAUCAACAUCUACAUCACGGCAGCAGCAACAACAACCCCACCCUCACCACCAGCAACAGCAGAAUCAGCAUCAGCCACAGAACGGUUCAUCUUCAAGGACGGCCGAGGCUCCACCUUCGUUCCUUUCCUCGUUGCUCAAGGAGGUCGAGAUGAGCACGCCAUCGGACGAGGAUUCACUAGUGCAGAUGUUUGGGCCGAUUCCGGGUGUUAAUGACGCCCCAUCACCCGCGCACAGCCACGGAUCAACCACACCACCGCCGCCUAAUCGCGCAACCUCGCCGGUGAUGACACUCAGUUCGCAUAUCGCACCCAUCUACGCUUCACCAUCCUACACCCCAACAAGAGGGCUCUCGCUCGACACAGCAGAGGAGUCCCGGUCAUCCUCACCACAACGAGGUCGGCCACGGGGACCGUCACGGGACACCGCCCAGUCGUCUCCCGACAACAGCGAUUCAGAACACCACCACCGCGGGCGCAGGCAACGACCACAACAACAACAACGGCCACGGCCAUCGGCUGCCAGUGCCGCUGCGACAGCCGCUAUCAACCGACAUGGCCCACUCGAGAUCCGCCAGCCCCAACCACAGCGAGCGCCCGGAGGGAUCUUGUCAUCGUCGACAUCAAGGUCCCGGUCACGGCCGCAGAGUACAUCACCAACACGAAACCACGCCAACCCGAACCCUAACCCCAACCCACAUCCGCACCCACAUCCGCACUCCCACGCGCUCCCACUAGAAAUGAAGGAGAGCAUCAGCAAGAUCGUACGGGGCGCGCUCAAGCCACACUGGCAUUCAAAACAACUAACGGCAGAGCAAUACGAGACUAUUAACCGGGAUAUUUCGCGCAAGAUCUAUGAAGAGGUCAAGGCUAGGGAGCCUGCGAGAAAUGACGCGGUUGGGGAGGCUGUGGAUGAGAAUGUACAGAAGGGGUGGGAGAGGUUGGCGACGAGGGAGGUGGCGAGGGCUGUGGCUUCUUUGAAGGCGUGA